AUGUCUACUGAAACUGCUUUAUCAUACGCUGCUUUGAUCUUGGCUGAUGCCGAUAUCGAAAUCACUUCUGAAAAAUUGUUGGCCUUGACCAAGGGAGCCAACGUCGAAGUCGAAGGUAUCUGGGCUGAUUUGUUCUCCAAGGCUUUGGAAGGAAAGGACUUGAAGGAAUUCUUCUUCAACUUCUCCGCUGCUCCAGCUGCCGGUGCCGCUCCUGGUGCUGCUGCUGGUGGUGACGCUGCCGCUGCCGGUGGUGAAGCUGCUGCUGAAGAAAAGAAGGAAGAAGAAGCCAAGGAAGAGUCUGACGAUGACAUGGGAUUCGGUUUGUUCGAUUAA